CUCCCUACAUGUCGAAUAGGCGUCCUCUAUUUAGACAUGGUAGGUGCAUCACGUCAUUGAGACUGCUCGCUGCCAGAACUUCCGGUGUUAUCCCUCUCGCAGAAGCUACUGCUGCUUCUGAACCGUUCGUGAGCCUGUGCCGGCGCCCAGUGCAUGUUUUCAGGUCAUGGAUGCGGCGAGAGUACAUCGUUACAUGACAUUUAGCCGAGAAUGGACGGAAACCAAAGGCCGGGUCAGACCGACCCUAGUAGUUCAGGGACUGAAUAUAUGUUCUCAUUAAUCUCCGAUAUUCCUGAAUCUGUUUUGCGGACGGAGCUUUCCCGACGGAGUUAUGCUCGGGCUUCUAACGAUGACACCUCGACUUGCGGAUCAAGGGAGCGAGGCGCCUAUAACACGCCGAUACAUGUCUUUGCACUGUUCCUUAUCCUUGUGCUUAGCACGCUAGCGUGCUCAUUCCCCGUUCUUGCUCGUCGGUUCCCGCGCCUCCCAAUCCCACGCCGGUUCCUUUUCCUUUCUAGACACUUCGGAACAGGCGUACUCAUUGCAACAGCCUUCGUACACCUCCUCCCUACAGCAUUUGUCUCAUUGACCGACCCUUGUCUCCCUCGGUUCUGGAGCGAGACCUAUCGUGCCAUGGCCGGCUUUGUGGCUAUGAUUGCCGUAUUCGUGGUGGUUCUCGUUGAGAUGUUCUUUGCACUGAAAGGUGCGGGCCAUGUCCAUGGGAGCGAAUACGACCAGUUGAUCAGCGACGUCGGCGCAGAUCUCGCAAGUGACGAUCAAGAGGAAGACAAUGACUACGGAAACGGAUUGGCCGACAAUGUCCACCUUGACAGCCUUGGGGAAGGCAUGACUCUACACUCUCCCACGUCACUUGGAAGAUCCCCGGUCAGUGGGCCUUCAGGGUCAAACAUUAAGGAUUCGGCUGUGUCUACCGAACUCAACGACAGGGAAUUCGAAGAACCAAGUGCCUUCGAAAAUACUCGCGGCAAUUCCCAUAAGAACCGGGAUGAGCAGCCGUGGCAUUCUGGUCACCGUCGGUCUCAUGGUAGCGUACAUCAGGGGACCGACCUCGAGUCAUCCAGGCAAAAUCCACAGCGCCAAUUGCUUCAAUGCUUGUUGCUCGAAGCCGGUAUUCUCUUCCACAGUAUUUUCAUCGGAAUGGCCCUCAGUGUUGCCACGGGUACAUCAUUCAUCGUCCUUCUUGUGGCUAUUUGCUUUCACCAGACUUUUGAAGGAUUUGCUCUCGGAUCACGGAUAGCGUCUUUGAUCCCUGAUCUCUUUCCCCCAUCAUCGUACAGGCCGUGGCUCAUGGCGCUUGCCUAUGGAACCACUACCCCCAUAGGGCAAGCUAUGGGGCUUGUUCUGCAUAACCUUUAUGAUCCAGCAAGUACGACAGGCUUACUCACAGUGGGAAUAACUAACGCCAUCAGUAGCGGGCUAUUAUUAUUUGCGGGGCUUGUUGAACUUCUGGCAGAGGACUUCCUGAGUGAAUCAAGCUAUGCGACGCUCAGGGGUCAACGGCGUGUCGAGGCUUGUGUAGCCGUUGCAGGAGGCGCUCUACUCAUGGCAUUUGUUGGGGCAUUUGCUUGAACAUCUCCCAGGACUCCUCUGUUUAUGAGGCAUUGUAGCCAGUAUAUCCUAAGAAAUGUCAUCAAGAAUACGACCCAGACAAGAGCUAGC